CCCCGGCCCUGCAGAUGGUGGCUCUGCGGCCCGCGCCCGCCCGGGGCCCUGCGCUCCUGCUCCUGCUCCUCCUGAUCACCGUGCGCGGCCAGGAGCAGGACCAGACCACCGACUGGAGGGCCACCCUCAAGACCAUCCGCAACGGCAUCCAUAAGAUAGACACGUACCUCAACGCCGCGCUGGAUCUGCUGGGCGGGGAGGACGGGCUCUGCCAGUACAAGUGCAGCGACGGAUCAAAGCCUGUUCCACGCUACGGAUAUAAACCAUCACCACCAAAUGGGUGUGGCUCUCCAUUGUUUGGUGUUCAUCUGAACAUCGGCAUCCCUUCCCUGACCAAGUGCUGCAACCAGCACGACAGGUGCUAUGAGACGUGUGGGAAAGGCAAGAACGACUGUGACGAGGAGUUCCAAUACUGCCUUUCUAAGAUCUGCAGAGAUGUGCAGAAGACACUCGGACUAGCUCAGAACGUCCAGGCUUGUGAGACAACGGUGGAGCUCCUGUUUGACAGCGUCAUCCAUUUAGGCUGCAAGCCAUACCUGGACAGCCAGCGGGCUGCAUGCUGGUGUCGUUAUGAGGAGAAAACAGAUCUAUAAAGAAGCCCCUGACAGCUGGCGAGCAGGCGAGAACGGAGGACAAUCCUUGCCAAAGAUCUGAUGCUUCCACAGCCUAACGCUGCCUUAGUUUUUUGUUUUUGUUUCUUUUGUUUUUUGUGAUGGGUCAUUUUGAGACCUUACUAGGCUGUCUCUUGAUUUUAAAACCUCAAAGUGAAAAGGGUGGGGGCCAGGAGGAAGCAGAGGGGAGAGCAUGCUUGGGAUCGAGCAGGACAUCUAAGAGCACGCCUUCCUGGGCCUCACUGUCUCAGUGGCUCCCCCAAACUGGGAAGAAAAGCCUCAAGCUCAUGUGACUUGGUUUUCAUAGCUGUACUUAACAAUAAAAAUGAAAGCAACUGUAAAAUUCAUUGUAAGGACUUUUCAGCAUUAUUUUAUUUUGGGAUAGAGGACAGUCUUCCCUUAGAAGUAUUACUUAUUUUGAAAUUUCAAAUAUACAUUUAUACCUGGAGAAACUAUUAUUUCUCCAUUUUAAUUAUACACAAUGUAUUGUUUCUCUGGAGCUUACUAAGGUGGAUAUAAAUAUGUUACUCACAGUCACAAGGUUUCUAAGUGUGAAUCUCUUAUACAGUUGGAGUCACUGGUUGGUACGUCUCCCGAGAGACAUCUGAGAUACCCAGGACAUCCGAGUAUUGUGAUGUGUACAACAUUUAGAAUCCCAGCACUCCUGUUUCACUAAGUGCUUAUAGCAAACGUCAUCUUUUGCUAUGAAUUCUAGGAAUGACGGGUUUAAUGAGCCAAAUCCAUGCACUAUAUGCUGCCGAGUUAUCCCUGUUCCUCAUCUAAUGUUCUGGAGUAUUGUUAAAAGUCUGACGUUUUCUAAUGGAGGUCUUAAUAAAAGCUAUUCUUGAUAAUAA